CUUCUGUUUCGAGUUAUUUUUAGCAAUUUCUGUAAAUAUUAAAAUAAUAACCUAUUUUACAAUAUUUAAUCUUUGAUAAAUAUUUAUUAAUAGAAUUUCAUUUGAAAAAAGUUUUUUUUUUGAAAUAUAUUCAUUAAGCAAAAAACCCAAACUUGAAAUAGACAAUGAGAAUGAAAGUUUUUAUUAUUAUAUUUUUCCUCUUAAUUUUAACAUCAAAUGGAACAAGUUUUGGUAGAAAAAAAUCUGCUAAAUGUCGAAAGGACAGUGAGAAAACUUUAAGUAAAAACGAUGAGAACUUAACAGUCGAUUAUUAUUAUAAUUGUGACCCAACAGAAUUUGGAAUAGUACAAAAGAUUUCGUAUUUGCGUUCUUGUUCGACAUGUGACACGAUAGAAAUCAAUUUCUCCUCCGCUUGUAUCAGAUGUGGAAUGUGUCUUGCCAUUGCUGAUAAGAUAAAUCAAACACUGUUAGAUGUACACGAAGUGCUACCUAAUGCGUGUUUUAAUGAUACCGAAAUUGAGCUUCUUUUGAGGACCAUAUGUGAUCAUUCUUUUCAAUACUAUGGUCUUCACGAAGUAAAUGGAAGGAGAUAUAUUUCUGAUAAAUUACCAGGUUCUGUUAUAGUGAGUACUACUGCUGAUGGACUUUGGGGGAAAAGAUUAAGCGAUCUUUGUCAUUAUUAUCUUGAUGAAAUCGGUGAAAUAUCAUUGUACAAACAAUGGCAACAGUGGUACGAUGAUGAAAAAAAUGAUGACUUAUAUAGCAUCAUGUGUCGGUAAUAAAAUGAGAUCCUCAGCGGAAUAAAAAAUUGAAUGAAAAAAAAUGUUUAUUAAUAACUUUUUUAUUAUAUUUUUGGCGUUUUAGAAAUAUACAUGGUCUAUUACGAGAUUGUAAGAGUAUGGAAAAUAUUGAGAAAUACGAAUAUCCAUGUAAAAGUUUCAAUGCUAAAAUGAAAAUCUCUGCAACUUUCGACAGAUAUGGUUAUCGAAGUUAAUAUUAUCCAUCGUGUAAUAAACUAC